GCCGCCAGGUGACGUGAACCAUGAAGUGGGGCUGGGUGUUUUUGGGAGUCUUCCUCUCACUGGGGGCCCUGUCCUGGGGGGAGAAGGGCUUGGAGAUCCCCGAGUAUGAUGGCAAAGACCGCGUCCAUACCCUCACUGCCAAGAAUUACAAGUCCAUCAUGAAGAAGUAUGACGUGAUGGUAAUCUACUACCACAAAAAUGUGGCCGGGAACCGCAGUGCCAUGAAGCAGUUGCAGAUAGAGGAGCUGGCUUUGGAGUUGAUCACAAGCCAAGCAGCAAUUAUCUUCCAGCUCGCAGCGCAAGUUCUGGACGAUCUGGAUGAUGAGGACAUCGGAUUUGGCCUGGUGGAUGAAAAGAAGGACUCCGCUGUCGCCAAGAAGCUGGGUCUGGACGAAGUGGAAAGCAUCUACAUCUUCGCUGAUAAUGAGAUCAUUGAGUACGACGGAGAGCUGGCAGCAGACACCCUGGUUGAAUUCAUCUAUGAUGUUAUCGAGGACCCUGUGGAGAUCAUUGACAACGAACGCGAGCUGAAGGGCUUUUAUAACAUGGACGAGGUUAUCAAGCUGGUCGGCUACUUCAAAAAUGAAAAGUCUCUUCAUUUCAUCGAGUAUGAUGACGCUGCUGAAGAGUUCCAUCCCUUCGUCAAAUUCUUCGCCACAUUUGAUGCGAAGAUUGCCAGGAGGCUGAAACUGAAGAUGAACGAAGUCGACUUCUACGAGCCUUUCAUGGAGGAACCCGUCACCAUUCCAGGAAAGCCCUACAUCGAGUCUGAGCUCGUUGAGUACAUCGAACAGCAUGACAGGCCCACUCUGAGGAAGCUGGAGCCUCACAGCAUGUAUGAAAUCUGGGAGGAUGACAUUGAUGGAGAGCACAUUGUGGCAUUCGCAGAGGAGGAUGACCCCGAUGGUUUUGAAUUCCUGGAAAUCCUGAAGGAGGUGGCACGCGAGAACAAUGACAACCCCAACCUCAGCAUCAUCUGGAUCGACCCCGACGAUUUCCCCCUGCUGGUCCCAUACUGGGAGAAAACCUUCCGUAUUGACCUCUCCUCUCCUCAGAUCGGAGUAGUGGACGUUGAAGACGCUGACAGUGUCUGGAUGGAAAUGGACGAUGACGACGACAUGCCCACGGCGGACGAGCUGGAGCAGUGGAUCGACGACGUUCUGUCAGGGAAGAUCGAUCCAGAUGAUGACGAUGAGGAUGAAGAUGACGACGAUGACGAUGAUGAUGAUGACGAUGACGACGACGAUGAUGAUGACGACGAUGAUGACGACGAUGAUGACGAUGAUGAUGAUGAAGAUGACGACGAUGAUGACGACGAUGAUGAUGAUGACGAUGAUGAUGAUGACGACGACGACGAUGACGACGAUGAAUAAAUGUUUACACCCACUUGUCACUUCUAUGUUUUAGCCACUCAGAAGUAGUACAAUUUUCUACAAUAUGGAGCCGAACAUGCUUUGUGUGUGUCUGCCUCGUCUACCGUUUCCUGUAAGAGACAACUUUAAAACGAGAUCUCCAUUGUCAGUUAGGACGCAACGGAUUUCUGUCUCGAUUCAUGAUGGGGGCUGUAGCUUGAAAUGUUGACAUCGUAACAAUUUUGUGACUGUCUAUAACUCUGUUGACGUCUCACCAGCCGUGGUCAAAGUGACUGUGCACAGAGAAGGAAGCAAAAGCUAGUUUAUCCCAGCAUUUUCUACGUAAUGUCUCAGAGCAUGGGAGUCACCGCUUCUCUUUUCCUUCAGUCUACUGUAAUCGUGUUUCAAAUGACGUUUUCUACUUGAUGAGGAAAAGAAACAAUUUUUAAGGAAAAUAAACCUAAAUUCACUGGACAGUCUUAAGAUCAUUACAGUCUUGGAAAGUAAUAA